UGGUUUCUUCUUGCGUCUCCGUUCCGUCCGCUUCUUCGUUCUGUCCGCUUCAUGCAGGAAGAAACGAACCGUGGAAGAGAGAGAAAGAGAGGGAGUGUUGAAGGAUGACGACCGCUGCCUGCGACUGCUUAAAUCUGACGCGAGUAUUGGGCGUCCAGGCGGCGUCGAGAUCGCGCUUUCACCUUCUACGCGUCGGGAGGAGUGCUCGAGCCCCGAUCAUUGUGGGGACACGAGGAGCGGCGAGGAUGGCGAUCACAGAGGGUGGUAGUGGUGGUGGCGGCGGUAUCGACAACCGCAUCAAGAGGAUCUCGUCGGCCAUCCGCAUAAUUCCCGACUUCCCGAAGCCUGGGAUCAUGUUUCAUGAUAUAACGACAUUGCUGCUUGACCUGAAAGCCUUCCAGGACGCGAUUGAUUUGUUUGUCGAGAGAUAUAAGAACGAGAAUAUUUCAGUUGUUGCAGGAGUAGAAGCAAGAGGUUUUAUUUUUGGUCCUCCCAUUGCCUUGGCUUUAGGAGCCAAGUUUGUUCCCUUGAGGAAGCCGAAAAAGCUGCCUGGUGAAGUUGUAGGAGAGGAAUAUACUCUGGAAUAUGGAACCGACAGGAUUGAGAUGCAUGUUGGAGCUGUUCAUCCAGGUGAACGUGCAAUUGUAGUCGAUGAUCUUAUUGCAACUGGUGGGACUUUAUGUGCUGCUACUAGAUUGCUAGAGCGUGUAGGUGCGGAGGUGGUUGAGUGUGCUUGUGUCAUAGAAUUGCCAGAGCUUAAGGGAAGGGAAAGGCUAGCAGGCAUUCCACUCUUCAUUCUUGUGGAAUCAUAGUAAUUCGUCACCAAUGUGCUAAUAAUUGGUUUGUUUGCUUCUAUAAGAAGGCAAUUUCAAAGCUGUACUCAUGUAUUGUGCUUGAUGUGUCGGGGACUGGGAAGGCUAGAGUUUUCAGAUUGAGCAGUAUUAUGGUAGCGGCUUUUCUGGGUAAUAAUUUGGCAUGGCUUGGAAAUCGUGUAAUGAGCGUGUUGUACUCAGCCUGCACUUUGUUCUGCAUCCAUCUAAUUUUUCAUGCAGCGCACCAGAUGCAUUCUACUAUGUAUCUCAAAUAGAAGUAUGCAUAAUUCAUAUUAAGCUUUACCGAAAUCAGGAAAAUUUAGAUUUUGUCGAA